UCUGCUUGUCAGGAAGCAAGCUGAUUGGCCGCGGCCUAGCAAAGAGUGCCCGGGGAUCCAAAACUGCAGGCCGCACUUAGCUUACCGUCAAAAAUAAACCAAAAACAAUAAUAGACUAAACGGAGGAGGGGGAGAAACGCCAAAAGAGUCCGAAGACGACGUUAUCAGAGGGAUCCUCCCAUUGAUGGGAAGAAGCACAUUCAAUAUGCCGUUUUUAUUUUAAGGUUCUCCACAUCAAAUGUGAAGUUUUCAGGGCUAUUUUCUUUGGGUUAAACAUGGACCAAGGAGGUGGUGUGUUGGAGUUACACACACAGGAGCUGAAGAUGCCCCACGCUAUGAUCAUGCAAGAUUUUGUUGCAGGGAUGGGUGGCUUGGCACACAUUGACGGGGAUCACAUUGUGGUGUCCGUGCCAGAAGGAAUGCUUCUUUCCGACGUGAUGACGGACGAGGGGAUCCUCUUGGAGCACGGGCUGGAGGUGGAGGGCCUCGAAACUCAGGUCGUCGAAGGUCUGGAAACCGAAGUUGUGGGAAGUUUACACGCGGAUGUGGAAGGACUGGAGGCAGAGGUGGUCGAUGGGCUUCAGACACAUGUGGUAGAGCUGGAGGCUCAGGUAGUGGAAGGCCUAGAAGGAGAUGUCGAGGUGGAAGGACUGGAGGCACAUGUGGUGGAGGGACUAGAAACCGAAGUGGAUGUAGAGGACUUAGAAGCUCAUGUCGUUGAGGGCCUCGAGGAGGAAGUGGAAGUUGAGGGCUUGGAAGCAGAAGUCGUGGAAGGUCUGGAGGUGGACGUAGAAAGCCUGCAGGCUCAGGAUGUAGACGGCCACGAAAUAGGCAGCGAGGACAUGGUGCACUCAGAGCACAGUGUGAUCAUGCCGGAAAAUAUCCUAGGAACAGAAGUUGCAAUAGAGGAAGCUUUGGAACACCACCACGUGUUAACCUCGGACCUUAUCCAGGAUGCCAAUCACCACGAUGACAUGUCAGACCAGGUGUUUGUUGCAGAGCUUUUGUCGGACCACCAGGAUAACACUUUAGACCACCAGCUUGUGGCAGAGGGCUUGAUGGUAACGGAGGCCAACGCGGAGACUAUCAUCCAUCAGCAACUUCCAUCUGAGGCCGUUUCUUUGCAGAUGGAUGAGGAUGAUGACGGGAGAAGUAGUUCUGAAGAUUACCUCAUGAUUUCAUUGGACGAGGUGGGCGAGAAGUUGGACAUAGGAGACACCCCCCUAGAGAUUAGCACUGAGGUGAUGGAAGACAAGGAGGGCAAGGAGGAAGAUGGCGCAGAAGUCAUCAAAGUCUACAUUUUCAAAGCUGAGGCAGAUGAUGAUUUGGGUGGAACUGAGGUGAUCACUGAGGAUGAUUAUCAAAAUGGCCACCCUGAUCUUGAGGCGGCAUCAUCGGGAAGACUCGGAGUCGGGCGCGACAAGAUGGUCUACAUGGCAGUCAAGAAGCAGCCCAAAAUAGAGGAAGAGGAGGACGACGACGACGACGAGAGUGAUGACGAUGAUGACGAUGACGACAUCAGCAAUACAAUAGAGCAGGUGAAGAACGGCGCGUCGACACAGUUUCUACAAAUCCGAGAAGGUUUGGCCAUGAACCGUGUCCUCAAACCCAAAGCCAAGAAAAAGAAGAAAGGAGACAUUCGGCAGUGUCAAACCGCUGUCAUCAUCGGGCCUGACGGCCUGCCUUUGACGGUCUACCCGUGCCACAUAUGCGGAAAGAAGUUCCGCUCACGAGGCUUCCUCAAAUGCCACAUGAAAAACCACCCGGACCACCUCUUAAAGAAAAAGUACCAGUGUACAGACUGCGACUUCACCACCAACAAGAAAAUUAGUUACCACAACCAUUUGGAGAGUCACAAGCUGCUGAGCCACAACAGCGAGCGCUCCCCGGAAUACACGGAGUACGCGCGGCGCUAUCACGAAUCCAGUCCGCUGGGCUCCGACAAACUCAUCGUCAAGGACCGCGAGACCAAGCUGCAUCACUGCAAGUAUUGCGACUACGAGACGGCGGAGCAGGGCCUGCUCAAUCGUCACCUGCUGGCCGUGCACAGUAAGAACUUUGCGCACGUCUGCGUGGAGUGCGCCAAAGGCUUUCGCCACCCGUCCGAGCUGAAGAAGCACAUGCGGACCCACACGGGUGAGAAGCCCUAUCACUGUCCCCACUGCGAGUUCCGCUGCGCGGAUCAAUCCAACUUAAAGACUCACAUCAAAAGCAAGCACGGCGCAGACCUGCCUUUCAAGUGCAGUCACUGCCCGCAAGCGUACGCCGAUGCGCGGGAACUCCAGCGUCACAUAGAGAUGGUUCAAGGCCACAAGACGCACCAGUGUCCGCAUUGCGAGCACAAGAGCACCAACUCCAGUGACCUGAAGCGGCACAUCAUCUCUGUGCACACCAAGGACUUUCCCCACCAGUGCGACGUGUGCGAGAAAGGCUUUCACCGGCCCUCGGAGUUAAAGAAGCACGCCGAGACGCACAAGGGUAGCAAGGUGCACCAGUGCCGGCACUGUAACUUCAACGCUCCCGACACGUUCACCCUGAGUCGCCACAUUCUGUCCCUGCACACCAAGGAACUACCGUUUAAGUGCAAGCGCUGCCGGCGAGGCUUCCGACAACCGGCGGAGCUCAAGAAGCACAUGAAGACGCACAGCGGGCGCAAGGUUUAUCAGUGCCAGUAUUGCGAGUAUAACAGUACGGACGCUUCCGGCUUCAAGCGCCACGUCAUUUCCAUUCACACCAAGGACUACCCCCACCGCUGCGACUACUGCACCAAGGGCUUCAGAAGGCCUUCGGAAAAGAGUCAGCACAUAGCAAGACACCACAAAGACAUGUUAAUGUAACGUCAUCACACUUCAAAGUCACUCCCCCUUUGGCCCCCAGUAAAUCUGUGUCACACACUCGGACGUAAUUUUAGUGUAUUAAAAAAUGAAUGGUGUAGGCUGUUGAAGGCAACAACAUUAUAUUUGCCGUUCUGUGUUGUAAUGAGUGUAAAACUCGUCCUAUUGCCAGAACACAUUUUAGAUGGGAAUUAAUUCUUUUUUUUGGGGGGGGGGGGGCGCACUGAGUGGGACAAGUGUAAAUUGUGUUGUUUUUUUUUGUUGCAGAGAAUCACAUAAGAACAUUUAUUCAGGGUUUCAAAUGUCUAUAUUUUUAUACCCACUCAGCUGAAAUGCUGCAGGAGAAUAACUUUCAUGAGAAAUGAUAAACAUAGGUUCAUGAUCAUCAUGUCAAUUUUCUUCCAUACUACCAACUAGUAUCAUUUUUUUGCCCAGUUUUUAAGCCCAAUUUAAUUUAUCACUGCCACAUGUUGCUCCAUUAUCAAUCUCCAUGAAGGCGUUUUAGUGACUCACCUACAUGUCGCACCUUAGCUCAGUUUUACUUCCAUGUUUUUGCAUUUCUCUCUAACGUGACACGACCACAAUCUAUGAAAAAUGUAUUAAAAGUUAAAUCAGGGUUUAGGGACUUGAAACAUCUGUUGGGUCUAAUACAAAUAUAAUCAAGGUGGUGCUACAUAAUGACAGGCUUUUAUGAAUUUGACUCGAGUUGGCUUUGUGUUCGCUAACAACGCUAGCGACAAAAAAGUAGGUUACCUGUGACGCAGAUGUGCUUAACUAACUACGGUUGCAUUCAUGCCUUACAUCUGCCGUUUUUUUUUACCCUUAAGCACUGAUGAACAAGUUCAGUUUAAAAAGAAGUAAUUUUUUAACUCAAACAUACUGCACCAAUACCAUUCUCUCAGAGAUUGUGUUUUGGUCAGUAGAAGGCACUUUAAUAACUUUUUUUUUGUAUUUUAAUUACAUGUGUUGGUUUUUUUUUUAUGUAUAUGGUUAAAUAUACAUAUGAAUCUGAGUAAAUGAUUACACAGCCUUGUAAAUGGGUAAAUGUUCUCUAUUGCAAGUGGGCACAAUACAGUUGUUGUGGCAAGUGAUGGGUAAAGCGAUUUAUUUUUUUGUCCCAUGGCGAAGUGUUUGGGUUUUGUGUUUGGUUUGUGCUCACUAACAAAUUUCCCACACCUUCAUCCUUCAGUCCUAUACGUAAAUCUAGCCCAAUCCCACAUUUGGGAUUAUAUUCUCGUCGGUGGUCAUCAUAAUGGCAUUAGUUAUAAGUAUGCACAUAUGCUGUCUCCAUGAAAUUGUGGUAUAUAUUAAAAUCCCUGCAUUUCAUGUACCUUAGUCUAUAUUUCCUUUCAGUCUGAUUGUGGAUAAACUACUGGUGGGGAAGAAACCAAAAUAAACAAAUAUCUUUUUA